AUGCUGGACCGCCCCUCUGGUGGCCCGGCGUACCCGAACGUUCGUUAUCUGGACCUCGACUCCAAUCGUCUCAACACGUCCAUCAACCUGACGUUGUUCCCCAACCUCCGUCAGGCCGACUUUAGUAACAACCGCAUCCCGGGAUUCAUCGGCAACGGAUCCAUGCCCAAAUCGUAAGCGACAUACAGAGAGAUGAGGAUAUAGCGACAGGUGUUUGCCUGUCAGGUUGUGGUACUUGAGUUUGGCGGACAACCUGCUGACUGCCCUGCCGGAGGGCUUCCGCUCCAUGCCGAACCUACUGUCGCUGAAUCUCGCCAACAAUCGCAUCAGCCAGUGGCCCACAUGGGGGUCGACACCACCAGGAUUAUGCAUGGGGGAUUUUCUCAGUAAGUUCUUGGAAUAUACAGGCGAGCAGGCGGUCGUGUUCUCUCUGUGACGAUGCGGUAGGCUUGGAUAUUGUGAAAGAUCAUGAUCCCCCGCCGGACUGGGGCAGCCUGACCUACUUCGACGUCUCCAACAAUCCCAUCAACACAGACGUGACCGCAUUCCUGAUGCCCCUCAAAUGGCAGAGAAGGUAAAACAAUACACAGACGCAUUAAUACACAGACAUGGCAUCUGUGGUCGCUGGAAUGCAUCUGUCUGAUCUCCUCGUGUGCGUCAGUUUGACGGUGCUGGGUGCAUCGAACUGCAGUCUUUACGGCCCCAUGAAUUGCGAGGCUUUCACGACAUUCGAGGUUGCGAAGGUUGCGGGCCUGAUGGACCAAGGCAUACCGGUAACCACACGCAUACACACGCGCACGCGCGCGCGCACACACACACACACAGAGAGAGAGAGAGAGAGAGCGAGAGAGAGAGAAGUGCAGAGGACUUUCCUGUGUGCGUGUGUGGUGUGUGCAGGUGACAGCUUCAAUCUGGUCGUUUCCUAACCUCUUUUUUUUGUAUCUGAGGGACAAUCGCAUCACGGCCAUCGACACGGGCGGCGUGCAGCUGGAACUCUACCACAUCGACUUUUCCAACAACUCGCUUGUGAGCGUGGCGAGCGGCGACUGGAGUUUCUUCGACGUCCUGCAUGCAAGGUUCACGGAGAACCCAGACUUGAGGCACGACUCGGUCCACCCCAUACCGAUUGAGGUAAGAAAAUGGCGGGUUGUAUGCGCUGCAGGCGAUGGCGGUGUAUCAUCCUCUGUGUGUGUGUUUGUAUGUCUCUCAGAAGUGUCAGGAUUUGCGUCAGAACUUCAACGAGAUGAGCAUACCGAGACCACUGGUGCCCGACCCGCAGGGUGGGUAACACAGCACAGCACACGCAGACGUCCACUGCCAUCGUGAUAACGCCUAUGCAUGCUUGAUGCAGGAUAUUCGGUGCGUACGUUGGACAACGGCGAGGAGCGUUUCGAGUGCACCGAGUUCUGCUCCACAUUCAACAAAAUCGAGGUCAGUGAUCAGCCAGCCAGCAAAACAAGCUCGCGUACAGUCAUUGUGCUCGGUGUGCGCACAGGUCGACUACACCAUCAACUCGGAUGCGCUGUGCCGCUGUCUGCCCGGCUACGAGGGCACGGGGGCCAACUGUACCAAGUGCCCACGGAACACAUACUCCAACAGAGAUUACGGCACACGAACCUGCAAACAAUACCCCGAUGAUGCAGGUCAGCAGCAUUUGACCGCUUCCGACUAUAUACACGAUUGGAUUUAAUUGUCCAGGUUCUGCCGAGGGGUCAGCUGCAUGUUACUGUCGUCUUGGAUACGAGAGGGGCGAGGAGCCGUGCGAGCCGUGUACAGAAGGGUCUGUUGGCGUGCAGAAGCGCGGUAACAACGGCAGCCGCGCCACGUGGAUCUGCCAAGACUGUUUGCCGGGAUUGAACUGCUCCAUUCCCGUCAACUACAAUGCGAAUGUGCUGCCGGGCUUCUUCCAACUUACUGUCCAGCUGCAAUCUGAGAAUUCAUCUCACAACGCCGCACGAGAAGUGACAACGUAAGAAUGAAAGGCAAGAAAGGCUAGUGCUGAGCAGGCAAGUGAGUGGGAUUUUGGUGUCUCUUAGAUAUGGCGCUAGAUUGACUCUGUUGCCGAUAGUGGUACCGUGUCCAUUGCGGUCGGCCUGCAUAGGCACCAACAAGACGAAUGGACUCAAUAUAUGCUCGGUAAGAGCCAAUUGCAUCAUUGUGAGAGCCGCCAUUUUUAUAUUCUUGCCUUGUCUGCGUUUCAGGAAGGGCAUGAGGGUUUUGCAUGCAACCGGUGCAAGGCGGCUUUCUCGCGUCAGACGCCCCUGCAGCCGUGCACCCCAUGUGCCCGACUGUGGCAGAUUGUGAUAGUCAACGUGUUGCUUGUGGUCGCCAUUCUGAUGGCCAUCUUCUUACUCACCGCGCUCGCGGAAAGGUCAGCACGCAGCCAUGUACCUAUCACGGAGGCCCGCUAAUCGAUCGACCCCCGUGCUGUCUGGGUGUGUGUCUGAGUACAGAGCGGCGGCAUCCUCCCGCGCUGAGGUCCCCUCUCAGCUGAUCAAAAUUGGACUCUCACAUAUUACCGCUGUAAGCGAAGACAGACACAGACUACGGACUCGCGUUCCUUCUGUUACUUUUCUGCUGUCGGUGUGAGUGCAGGUGUGUGGUCUGCCUUUCUCGUGUUCGACGAGUCCCUAG